UCCUGCUUAUGUAUCGCAAGGGCGGAAAACAGAGCUAUAGAAAAGCAGUCGAAGCUUCAAACAGCUUAUAUGUUGCUCUCAAACCGUCUGACGAGGUGCCUAGCUCUUCCACCGUUGACCACCACCACCACCCUUCAGGAUAUCGCUUCAAACCAAUCCAAGGGUGUUGCAAAGGUUGUCCUAAAGAAGGGGAAAACACAACUGUUUCGUGAUGGAAGCCCAAUGGUUUACAGCGGUGCAGUUGAUAGAAUUAUUGGUAGACCACCCCCAAAAACAGGUGACGUUGUGCUGGUGGCUGACGGGACACAAAAGCCAAUCGGUUGGGGCUUGUACAACUCCUGCUCUAUGUUCUGUGUGAGGCUCAUGCAGCUAGAGGAGGAAGUAUCAGGAGAUCCUUCUUGUGCAUUGAAUGUGGAAAAGCUGCUUGAAACAAGAAUAGAUGCAGCCAUCAGAUUACGUAAGAGCUUGGGGCUCCCUUCUGCCAAUACAAAUGCAUAUCGUCUUGUGAAUAGCGAAGGAGAUAGAUUGUCAGGCCUUAUAGUUGAUGUGUUUGGGGAUUUGGCUGUAAUUGCGUCGUCAGCUGCAUGGGUUGAGAAGUACAAGCAACAUAUUAAGAAGUGUAUCAGUGGAUUGAAUAUGAUCAAGAGUGUAGUGUGGAGGCCGUCAACAGAGAUAUUGAAAGAAGAAGGUUUAGAAUCAGAAAAAGAAGAAGAAGAAGAUUUAUUAUGUGAAAGGGUGGUUAAGGUUGUGGAGAAUGGGAUAUCUUAUAUGAUCUCGUUGGAUGGACAAAAGACAGGGUUUUAUGCGGAUCAGCGUGAAAACCGUGAAUUUAUAUCUACCAUUUCGGAUGGUCAAAGAGUGCUUGACAUGUGCUGCUAUACUGGUGGCUUUGCUCUAAAUGCCGCACAUGGUCAUGCUUUGGAAGUCACUGGUGUUGAUACGUCAUCUCCUGCUUUGGAAGUAGCUAACCAUAAUGUCAUUCUCAACAAUCUGGAUCCAGGGAAGAUAUCAUUCCUGAAACAAGAUGCAACUAUUUUCAUGAAGAAUGCUGCUUCUAGGAAUGAAUUAUGGGACAUAGUGAUUAUGGAUCCCCCUAAGUUAGCACCUCGGAGGAAGGUUCUACAAAGUGCAAGUGGAAUGUAUAGGAAUCUGAACUCAAUGGCGAUGCGGUUAACAAAACGGGGUGGGUUUUUGAUGACUUGUUCGUGUUCAGGAGCUAUGACUCAGAAGAGUGGACAGUUCUUGAGUGUUCUCCAGGGGGCUGCAUCAAUGGCUGGUAGGAAGAUAACAGUUGUACGUCAGUGCGGGGCAGCUUGUGACCAUCCUAUCGACCCAUCUUAUCCAGAAGGAGCCUACCUUACUAACAUUUUAUUAAGAGUCCUUUGAACUCAAUUCUCAAAUACCUUUUAACUUGUUGUGGAAUAUUUAUUAAUCACAAUCAUUUCUAAUAUAUCUUCCUAUUUCUUAA